AUGUCUUCCGCCGCCUGCAUCUUCUGCAAGAUCAUCAAGGGUGACAUCCCCUCUUUUAAGCUCUUUGAGAGCGACAAGGUCUUUGCAUUCCUUGAUAUUCAGCCUCUGAGCCGUGGCCAUGCGCUCGUGAUCCCCAAGUAUCACGGCGCCAAGUUGACCGAUAUUCCCGACAAUGAUCUUCUUGAGAUUUUGCCCGUCGCCAAGAAGAUCGCUCUCGCCAGCGGCGCCUCCGAUUUCAAUAUUCUCCAGAACAACGGGCGCAUUGCGCACCAGGUCGUCGAUCAUAUUCCCAAGCCAAAUGAGCAAGAGGGUCUUGGUAUUGAGUGGCCUGCCAAGGAGACGGAGAUGGAUAAAUUGAAGGCGUUGUACGAGGAGAUCAAGUCGAAGAUGUAA